AUGUUGGGUCUGUUGGACUUUGUGGUGGUAGUAGUGGCAGUUAUUGUAGUAGUUUCACCAGUUCAAAAGGGAAAGGGUCAGCUGUUAGUUGUUUUGGUGGUGUUCUGGCUAAUGGAGUUAGUGGAAGUAGUGGAAGCAGUGGUGGUUUGUGUACUGAUGUUGGAAGUUGCAGCAGUUCAAAAGGGAAAGGAAGUUAACCAGAAGUUUGAGGGUGGUGCAGUUGAGUUUCGUGAUAAAUUGGCAAAGUUUGCAAUAUUUUAUGGUUUUGAGUAUAGUUUUGCAAAGAAUGAAAAGGAUAGGGUGACUGCAUUUUGUAAGGAUACAGAUUGUAAGUGGAGAGUGCAUGUGAGGUUGGACAAGGUCAGUGAUUAUUUUUAUAUACGUAGUUUUGAUAAUGUCCACUCGUGUGGUGCUUCUGUCCUUACCACAAAGCAUUUGCGGGCUUCAUCCAGUAUGAUUGGAAGAUUAAUGAGUGCUGAUAUUCGAACGACACUGCAGAAACGUCCGGUCGAUGUAGUUACUUCACUGAAUGGUUUGUAUUGUGUUGAUGUUCCAUAUAAACGAGCUUGGAAGGGUGUUGACAAGGGGAGGUCUGAAGCCUUUGGAGAUUAUGAUGCAUCAUUUGAUGAACUACGGUGGUAUCGUGAGGCUGUUAGGAAUUCUGAUCCUAAAAGCGUGUUUGAAAUAGAGGUAGACAAUGAGACGAAUCGAUUUCAGAGGUUGUUUGUCACGUUCAGUGCAUGCAUUUAUGGUUUUAAACAUUUGAGGUCCCUUUUGUUUCUUGACGGAACAUUUUUGAAGGGAAACUUCAAAGGGACAUUGCUUUCUGCGAGUGCGAAGGAUGGUGAUAAAGGGUUGUUUCCAUUGUGUAUUGGUGUGGCUGAUUCGGAGAGCAAGGAGAAUUGGUUGGGGUUUAUGAAGAAGUUGCGUAAUAUUCUGGAUGGAGAUACGAGAAGUAUUGUCUUUGUUUCUGACAGGAAUGCUGGAAUAAAAGCUGCAGUUCCUAGAGUUUUUCCUUUGGGAUUUCAUGGGUACUGUCUUUACCAUUUGAAGAACAACAUUCGUGGUCGUUUGACAGGUGGAAGGAACAAGUAUAAAGAGCAUGUGAUUGGUCUGUUUAGUUUAUGUGCAUAUACACUGAAUGAGAUGAAGUUUAAUGAAGAAAUGGCUAGGUUGAAGAAAGCUGGUGGGGAAGCAAGGAUUAGGAAUUUCCUAGCUGAUUUGCCUUACGAACAUUGGGCUAAUGUUUUUUUCCCGGGACAGCGGUAUGGCGAGAUGUGGUCUAAUUUGGCUGAAUGCUUCAAUUCUUGGAUAGAGAAGGAGCGGCAUUUACCAAUCACACAACUGGUUGAUCAAGUACGGAUUAAGCUUAUGCAACAGAUGUGUUGUAGGAAACAAACUGCAGCAAAGUGGUGUCAGGUGCUUUGUCCCACGAUGGAUGAAGCUUUGGCAAUUGCUUUUCAGGAGUCCAAGGCCUGGGAAGUAAAAUUUUCUUCACCAGAUGUGCUUGAAGUUUUAUGUGAUCCAUCUGUUAAGGUGGAUAUUGGGAGGCAUAGUUGCACUUGUACGCAGUGGCAGUUGAAUGUUGUACCUUGUGUGCAUGCAGUUUGUGCAAUUAAAAAGAGUGGGAAGUCACUGAAUGCAUGUGUUGAUCGUUACUUCCACGUGGAAUGUUAUUGGGAGGCAUAUUCUAGACCUAUUAUGCCUGUUCCUACGCUGUGGAAACCUGAAGUUGCCGAUGAUGCUGUGAUAUUACCUCCUCUUUCUAGAAAGCCACUAGGGAGAAAUAAGAAGAAGAGGAUACGAUCUUUUGGGGAGAAGAUGCCAGAAAAAUGA